AUUCUUCAGGAUGGUAAAUUAAAACGUCAAAAAGCAGCUGGGUUUAGUUUAUUUACAAGCUCAGUGGUAGUGAAUUCUUGAAGAUUUUUAGUGAAAAACAUAAGUAAAUAUUGUUGUGAAUUGUCUAUAUUUAACAGGAAGUGUUUCUUGAGGAGCUGGUUUAGAUUACUCCAUUUAGUUUGAAUAACGCGAAUAGUGAUCCAAAAAUGAGUAUCAAGAGACAACUUGGGUCACCGAUAAAGGAUGACAGGAGGAAGAUGUUGAAAACAGAAGCUCUGGAGAUUGUAAGUCCACAGGAAGUGGAUAAAAUACCGAAAGGCUUUGUAGAUUCCGAUGCUGAGAGUGAGGAGGAUGAGACUCUGUACACAGGGAUGAAGGAUGGGAAGUUGCAUGUGAGGGGAAAGACAUUGGAACAGAGAUUGGCAAAAUUCGUGAUGGAAGACAAUAUUUCAUUGUCCAGCACCAGGAAACUCCUCAAAAUCCUCCGUGACUAUGGUCAUGAGGAUCUGCCCACGACCAAAACGACUCUCGUUAAGGACAACAUUGAUUUCUCCAAUGAAGUCAUGAAGGUGAUCAAGGGCAUUGAAAAGCCACUCAAGGCUAAGCUGGACUUUGUUAUGGAUCAGGCAGCUAAGUUAGAGAGCAGUCUCAAUCUGCCGGAUGACAUUGUGGAUUAUGGGAGAGUAUCCAUGACGUCCCAGAGUUUCAAUGCGUCCGAAACCAAAGACAAACUCCAUGCCUUUCCGGUUACAACUACGGCAAAGUUCGAGAAGCUCGAUGAGAUGUUUGACACGGACACAGCGCUUGUGCGUCAAGUCAGGGAUACCAUCAUGUCAUUCCCCACGGAUUGGAUGCGCCUCCUGAUCAGCGAAGAUGUAUUGGUUAAGUAUACCCUUUCACGGUCAACAGAACGAAAGAGUAUCUUCUCUUUCAAAAUUUUCCAAUACGCCCAAAAGCUGACCAACUAUCACGAUGUUGUGCAUCAGUUUAAGAUUGCCAGGGAUCGACAUGCCAAGAGAAUGGCCAGGAAGAAAAAAUUAGCAGCUCAGAGAGCCGCUGAGGAGGAAGAAGUAACAAAACAGGAACAGGACAUUGAGGAGACAAUUGACGAAGAUACACAAUCUGCUUAAAAUUUCCGAUUCAAAUCGCAUAAAUCUCAUCGAAACAAAUAAGAAAAAUGAAGAAGAAUUUCAAGGAGAUGGAAAUAAGAUUUAUUUGACAAGUUAAAUACUAAAACAAAAAAAAAUAUUUUUUAGGUGGUUUGCAAAGUUUUCACACCUCUAUAAAUCUAUUGAAUUGUUUCCAAUGAUUUUGCAAAAGAAAAACUUUGAAAUAAAACCGAUAAAAUGUAAAAA